UCUCUGGGGUCCCCAAGUUCAUGUGAAACUCACGGCAACCCGAGUUGGAGGCACAAAAAAGACAUCUGUUACUUUCCUGACAAACGAUGUGGCCGAAGCAAAAUUAAGUGGUACAAACUACAAUGCAUGGCUCUGCGCAGUCUUGCUCUUGCGUACGUGGCCCCGCUGCUCUGGAUGCCGGGAUUUGGACGCUUCCAAGUCGUAGAGCUCUCAUGUCAUCAUUGUUGUCUGGGGGACCAAGAUGCAAAGGCCCUUGCAUUUAUUUUGCGUAAGCGUUGCUCUUCCGGCUACGUGUGUCUUCUGGAAACCAUUGACCUUUCAUUUAACAAUAUCACAGACGAUGGCGCCGAUGCACUUAAAAAGGCGAUCAAGUACAACAAGCGCAUUCGAAAUCUACUCCUUGCGGGAAACGAGGGCAUCCGAAAGACGCAAAUCCUUGUGUCGAUAAAUAAACGACUCAAACGAAACAAGGAGGGACGAGACAAUUGGACUCUGCUGCAACACUUGAAGUGGUUGAUCAAAGGCUAUUAG